GGGGCCCGGGAGGGCGGGGGCGGUGCCCGAGUUCGAGUCCCGCGUCCGCCCGCUUUGCUCCGCUCCCCGCUGCGGCGCCGCCCGCUCGGCCCCGCUCCGCCGGGGCCCGGCCGGCCGCGGAGAUGGGUGAUAUGGAGUCCUACAAGGUGAUGCUGAACGGGCCGGCGCCCUGGGGCUUCAGGCUGCAGGGCGGGAAGGAUUUCAGCAUGCCGCUCUCCAUCUCCAGGCUGACGCCGGGCGGGAAGGCGGCCCAGGCCGGCGUGGGAGUGGGCGACUGGGUGCUGUACAUCGACGGGGAGAGCACCAGCUCCAUGACGCACAUCGAGGCCCAGAACAGGAUCCGUGCCUGUGGGGACAGGCUCUGCCUCACCCUGAGCAGAGCCCAGAACCACCUGGGGAAGCCGCAGAAGGUGCUGAGCCUUGACAAGCAGCCCCCGCAGCCGCUGGAGCCCCCCAGCGCCUCCAUGUGCGACCCUGUGAAGUUGCGGCUGAUAGAGGACGCUGAGGACUGGCAGCCCCACACCGGGACCUCCCAGUCCCGCUCCUUCCGCAAACUGGCCCGGCUGAUGGGCACAGAUGGCAUGGAGGAUCGUGAGGAUGAGCUUGUUAAAAAGCCCAGGGAUGCCCGCGGGUCUGGCUGGGGCACGGGGGAGCAGUGGCAGCCCCCACAGCUGCUGGAGCCCCCCAGCACCCCCGUGUGCGAUCCUGGAAAGUUGCGGCUUAUGGAGGAUGCUGAGGACUGGCAGCCCCACACCGGGACCUCCCAGUCCCGCUCCUUCCGCAAACUGGCCCAGCUGAUGGGCACAGACGGCAUGGAGGAUCGUGAGGAUGAGCUUGUUAAAAAGCCCAGGGAUGCCCGUGGGUCUGGCUGGGGCACGGGGGAGCAGUGGCAGCCCCCACAGCCGCUGGAGCCCCCCAGCACCCCUGUGUGUGACCCCAUGAAGUUGCAGCUGAUAGAGGAUGCUGAGGACUGGCAGCCCCGCACUGGGACCUCCCAGUCCCGUUCCUUCUGCAAACUGGCCCGGCUGAUGGGCACAGACAGCAUGGAGGAUCGUGAGGAUGAGCUUGUUAAAAAGCCCAGGGAUGCCCGUGGGUCUGGCUGGGGCACAGGGGAGCAGCGGCAGCCCCCACAGCUGCUGGAGCCCCCCAGCACCCCCGUGUGCGAUCCUGGAAAGUUGCGGCUGAAGGAGGACACUGAGGACUGGCAGCCCCACACCGGGACCUCCCAGUCCCGCUCCUUCCGCAAACUGGCCCGGCUGAUGGGCACAGACGGCAUGGAGGAUCAUGAUGAUGUGUUUGUUACAAAGCCCAGCCAGGUCUCCGUGCUGGACCCAUCCCCGGGAGCAGCAAUGAAGACUGAGCCGGGACUGGGCCCCAGGACCCCCGCCGCCACCCCCGGCCCUGCCAGUCGCCCACCCUGGGCUGUGGACCCCUCGUUCGCCGAGCGCUAUGCCCCGGACAAGACGAGCACGGUGGUGAGCAAGCACAGCCAGCCGGCCACGCCGACCCCCAUGCAGAACCGCAGCUCCAUCGUGCAGGCAGCCCAGCAAGCCCCCGAAGGGCCCGGCCGCACACCCCUGUGCUACAAGUGCAACAAGGUCAUCAGGGGACGCUACCUGGUGGCGCUGGGACAUUAUUACCACCCCGAGGAGUUCACCUGCUGCCAGUGCAGGAAGGUGCUGGAUGAGGGCGGCUUCUUUGAGGAGAAAGGCUCCAUCUUCUGCCCCAAGUGCUACGACACGCGCUACGCACCCAGCUGCGCCAAGUGCAAGAAGAAGAUCACUGGGGAGGUCAUGCACGCACUGAAGAUGACCUGGCAUGUGCAGUGCUUCACGUGCGCCGCCUGCAAAACUCCCAUCCGUAACCGUGCCUUCUACAUGGAGGAGGGACAGCCCUACUGCGAGAGAGACUACGAGAAGAUGUUUGGCACCAAGUGCCGCGGCUGUGACUUCAAGAUCGAUGCUGGGGACCGGUUCCUGGAGGCGCUGGGGUUCAGCUGGCACGACACUUGCUUCGUCUGUGCGAUCUGCCAGACCAACCUGGAAGGGAAGACGUUCUACUCCAAGAAGGACAAGCCGCUCUGCAAGAGCCAUGCUUUCUCCCACGUGUGAGGGGCGGGAGUUCAGUUGUGCCCACGCGUGCCCCUGGCCCUGCAUGCUCCUCUCCCCCCCCUCCAACCCCCGCUGCCCCCAGGGAGCCAGGCUGGGCCCUCACCCCUUCCCCUUGCUCCUGCCACAUUCCUAGCAGCUCCUGGCCCGGCUCCAGCAAGAGGCAGCGCUGGGUCCCGAGCCCCUUAUAGCUGAGUGGCUUCUUCUGUGCCCCCCGACUGGCCCUAGGAGCCCUGGUAAGGGGACGCUGCGUGGGUCUCCUGCUCCCCAGCCACACAGUGUGGUGGCCACGGCCGUACCGAGGCUGGCACAGCAGGGCUGCUCCCUUGCUUAGCUGGGGCCCGGCUGCCUGGCAGCUCAGUGCCGGGGCAGGGAUGCUCCUAUAGAACAUCCCUAAGAGGGCGAAGACCAGCCCCCUGCCAAGCUCUCCCUGCCUUCCCUGCUGCGUGCUUCGUGUGUGGGGCUGGAGACCCGGCCCUGCUCCCCUGCCAGGGCCCUACCCGCACAACCCCCCGGGACACCCUGCAACCUGCUGCGGUGGCUUCCUACCCCAGCUGAGUGCCAGAGGGGUCUGUGCCUCGCGUCCCCCCCACCCAGCUGGCCUGCUGCUCCCCUGGGGCUGGCGUGCGGCAGCACCCCCAGCCCAGCCGUGCCGGGGCGCGGGGCAGCGUGCCAAGCCCACCCCAGCCAUGGGCUGGCAGUGUGUGCUGAUGGCCGGCCGGCUGGCCGGCUCCCGCAAGGCUCGGGCACGGCUUCCUACCAAAGAGCGCUCUGCCACCGCCGUCCCAGGCCUGUAAAUGCCUCUCCCAAACCCACACUCUCCGGUUGGGCUGCCGCUGAUGUAGCCACGGUGCUUUUAGUGCCUUUAAUAAACACUUCUCUGCAAGUGC